CAACGUCUGAAGUCGGCGCGGGCGACGGCGCCUCUACCCUGCCGAGUGUGGCGAGUGCUUUUAGUGAGAACCGCCAUGAGCAAGCGGAACCAGGUGUCGUAUGUGCGGCCUGCCGAGCCCGCCUUCCUGUCCCGCUUCAAGGAGCGAGUCGGCUACAGGGAGGGGCCCACCGUAGAGACCAAGAAAAUCCAGCCUCAGCUCCCAGAUGAUGAUGGUAAUCACAGUGACAAAGAAGAUGAACAGCCUCAAGUAGUGGUUUUAAAAAAGGGAGACCUAACAGCCGAAGAAGUCAUGAAAAUUAAAGCAGAAAUAAAGGCUGCCAAAGCAGAUGAAGAACCACCUCCAGCUGAUGGAAGAAUCAUGUAUCGAAAACCUGUAAAGCGUUCCUCAGAUGAAAAGUGUUCAGGUUUAACAGCAAGCUCCAAAAAAAAGAAAACAAAUGAAGAUGAUAUAAAUAAGCAGAAUUCAGUUAGAAAGAACUCACAAAAACAAAUAAGAAACAGUAGUCUCCUUUCUUUUGACAAUGAAGAUGAAAAUGAUCCUGGGGAUCAAAACCAAGGUCUUACAUAUGGUAGACAAGUACUCCAUCAAUGAGUUAUAUUUCCAGCUCAUGAAAGGGCAGAAGCUUCAGGAACAGGAGACUCUGAGGAGGGAGAAGCCACACGUGAGAUGAUUUCUGUUCUUGUCUAACAUCUGCUACAAACUGUCAAGCAAGAAAGACUCAGAGCUGUCAGACUCAGGCAGUGAUGCCCUUUUCUGAGUAGCUUCCCUGUGCAAGCUGGACGGAGGAAUGCUGUGGGAUGUUCUGUAUGUCAAAUGUGUUGCUCUGAUUGGUUAAUAAAUAAAACAGUGAUUGGCCAGUAGCCAGACAGGAAGUAUAGGCGGGACAAGCAGAGAAGAGAAUUCUGGGAAAUGGAAGGCUGAGGCAGAGAGACACUGCCAGCUGCUGCCAUGACAAGCAAGAUGUACCAGUAAGCCACAAGCGACGUGGCAAAGUAUAGAUUUAUAGAAAUGGGUUAAUUUAAGAUAUAAGAACUAGAUAACAAGAGGCCUGCCACGGCCAUACAGUUUGUAAGCAAUAUAAGUCUCUGUGUUUACUUGGUUGGGUCUAAGCAGCUGGGGGACUGGCGGGUGAGAGAGAUUUGUCCUGACCUGGGCCAGGCAGGACCAGGAAAACUCCAGCUACAGAGGAACCCAAGGAGAGACAAGGGAUAGCAGCAGGAAGAGCCAAAAAAGACUAGUAUUUUUAGGGAUUCCUACACCUGGCAGAAGAUGCAACUCCCUGGGAGUGGGAGAUGGGGCACAGAAAGGUCCUGGAGAGGUGGAUACCUUGUGGAGGAUCCUGGAUGCUGUAUACCAUUGGCUCAUCAGAGGUGGGAGAAGGUAGUGCCAUUCCUUGAGUACCCACCCUUUCUUGCAGAGCAUCCAGGGAUUGGACAAAGACUGGGACAUGGGACCAAGCAAAAUCAAUGGAGCUGGUUUUUGUACUUUUAGAAAAUGGACUCAACUACCAUGGGCCUCUUUCUGCCAUUAAUCUAGAUCUGUGUGAUCAGAAAGACCUCCCUCAGGAAGGAACAUCAAACAACAAUGAAGCUUGGCUCUGAGGAGGCGAUCAGAACCAUGGCAACAGAUGCUGGUCCUUCAUGUGGGUUAAGGAGAGCAUGAAAGCAGGAAGCACUAACUAAGAGCAUGGAUUUAACUUCAGACCUUGUUUUAGGCCUUUACCUAGCCCCUGCUGUUUCACUAUAAAUAACACUGGAAGCUGGGCAUGAUGGCAUGUGCUCACACCCCUAGCACUUGGGAGGCUGAGACUUCAAAAGUUUCAGACCAGAGUUGAGUACAUAGUGAAUUCAAGGCCAGCCUGGUCUACACAGAAAAACAUCUCAAAACAACAAGAAGUAACACUGGAGGAGUGUCUAGACAUCUGGUUUAUCUUCCAGCUAGCUAUAAGACCUAAAGCAAUCCAAGGAAUGCUUUUCUACCUCAGUUUCCUUAUCUCUUAAAAGAAGGUAGAUUAAUAAUCUAUAAUUAGGUAUAUGGUUCUAUAAUUGUUGACUUUCAAUAAAAUAAACAAGCCCAUCCUUGAUGCCUGAUACCAUUGCCACAUCUGAGUUAUAGUUCGACUUUCUGCAUACAAGUGUUUUUCAUGAACUAUAGGUUGAAGGAAAAUAAUCGGAGUAAGAUCAAAAUACAAAAUAUAUAUGCAAGAGAAUGUCAUAGUGAAUUUUUGCAUAAUAAACAUAGGAUGAUCUUUAAAAAAAAAACCAUAGGGCUGGAAUCAUGACUCAGUGGUUAAGAGCACUUCCUGCUCUUCCAGAGGACACAAGUUUGGUUCCCAACACCCACAUAAAAUGGCUCACAUAUACCUGCUUCAGAGGAUCCAAUGGUCCCUUCUGGCCACCAUGGGCACCUGAAUGCAUGUGGCAUAUAUUUACACAGAAACACAUAUACACACACUUAAGAAAAAUGAAUCUUAUUUAAAAAACAUGAUAAAUAGUGCCAAGAUUCCAAUCUAAAGAUCAAAGAUUCAAAGUUUUACCAGAAGCACAUAUCUCAACUCUGCACUUGUUUUGCACAAUCCCCAAUGAGGGUGCAUGGGGGGUUGGGGGGUGCUCCUUAAGUAUCCUAAGAUAGCCCAAAACUUGCAAUGAACAUCCUACCUUGGCAUCCUAAGAGAUGGGGUUAUCUUCAUGAGACACCACUUGGUUGGGAAAGCAUCAUGUUUGCUGUGCCACUCCCUUUCGCACCCUAGUACCACAUCACUAUUCCAACCAGACUUACAGAAACAACAAAUAUGCUUUUGCUUAGGGCAAUGGUUCUCAACCUUCCUAAUACUACAACCCUUUAAUACAGUUCCUCAUGUUGUGGUGACCCCCAACCAUAAAAUUAUUUCGUUGCUGGUCCAUAACUCUAAUUUUGCUACUGUUAUGAAUCAUAAUGUAAAUAUCUGAUAUGCAAUCCUGUGGGGGUUAAGACCCACAGGUUGAGAACCACUGGUUUAGGGGAACACUUAUAACCAUCAUCUCCAAAGGUAUGGAACCACACUCAACACUGCCAUCCUGAAGGACAAAGUGGAGUCAGUGUUUGUGUGAGGAUUCUCAACCUGACUCAAAGACCUUAACCCUCAACCCACAUCUCAGUGCAUACACUGAAAAUUGGGAAUCGAUCUACCUCAAGACCCAGCCAUUCCACUCUUGGGCAUAUACCCAAGGAAUGCUCAAUCAUACCACAAAGAUACAUGCUCAACUAUGUUCAUAGCAGCAGCAGCAGCAGCAUUAUUCGUAAUAGCCAGAACCUGGAAACAACCUAGAUGCCCGUCAACUGAAGAAUGGAUUAAGAAAAUGUGGUACAUAUACACAAUGGAGUACUACUCAGCAGAGAAAAACAAUGACAGCAUGAAAUUUGCAGGCAAAUGGAUGGAACUAGAAAAUACCAUCUUGAGUGAGGUAGCCCAAACUCAGAAGGACAAACAUGGUAUGUACUCACUCAUAUGUGGAUAUUAGAUAUAAAACAAAGAAAAAUCAAACUGCAACCCACAGAACCAGGGAGGCUAUAUAGCAGGGGGGACCCUAGGAUGACUGUGGCUUAUAAUAAGUUUUGGUUUUACUCAAUCACUGGGCAAGCCUCAGUGAAACAUUUCACUAUUAGGAUAAGAAUUUGUACUGUAUCACGCUGAUACAAGAAAAAUAAAUAAAUAAACAAAUAAAUAAAAUGGAAAAAAGGUCCCUUUCCACUCCCCUUAUUUGGGGCUUGAAUCUUCCUUUGAACAUGGAGAAUACCAGCUGUAAGACUUCAAGAAAACACUAAAGUUAGCAUCCUUUUUUGCUUUCUGUUGCUGUGAUAAACACCACAACCAAAAGCAACUUAUGGGAGGAAAGUGAAGGGACUCUUGCCAGUAAUAAACAGAAUCUUCUGGAAUGCAAGGCUCUAUGGACUACUUUGACAAAGUCCUUUGUCCUGCAGACAGAUAUAUCUGAAACCAUACACAUGAAUGGCUUUGGGCUUUAUUCUCAAAAGUUCUUCUACCUACUCACAAUAAACUAUACCCAACACUCUGACCAAGAGGCCUCCUGGAUAUUGCUGUAGCCAGAGCAGGUUACCUCAUUUAUGACUUGGUUUCUUAGACAGGGACCACAGUAGUUCAUACAGAACUGUGAGACUGUAAUGUCUAACUAUAUUUAAAGGUUUUCAUUGUGGUUGGUUUUGUGGUACUGGAGGCACAUGUCAGGUAAACGUGCUGCCACUAAGCUAUGUCCCUAAACCCUCAUUCAAGUUUCUGUACAGUGCCUGAUGCUCAGAUUCAAUGCUACUUACCUUGGAUCACUGGUGCUCUUUCCCAAGUUCAGCAAAGCUUAAUCCUGACACAUAUAGGGGGUGAUCCAAUGCUCAAUUAACAAAGGAAGGCUAGACUAAUUAUGUCGUCAUGUUAGACCUACACAACAUUCUCUGACAAGUGUUCAUUAUGUUAACUAAAAUAUUUGGAUAACUUUGAACAAGGUUUCACUAUGCAGAUCUUAGGCUGUGGCUCUCCAGAAAUCAAGUGAUCAACAGAAAUGGUAUUGUUGGGGGUACAAAACAAGAAAAAAAAAUCUAUAAAAACACACAAACCAGAAACUACUUGCUACUGUUAAAAUGUUUGGCUAUAUCUCUUACAAAUUUCUCCAGGAUACAUUUCUAGAAGAAAAACUGCUGGGCAAAAGGGUGCAAACAUCUUACAAGUUUUAAGUUUUACCGGUUAUAUCAUUGAUUUAUAAGCAUCCUCAUCAAUUUAAUAUAGUCAGACACUUACCAAGCUUGCAGAUAUUUGUCCUGGGUUUGUCUUAACAAUAACCAGUCAGGGGAGGCAGAAACAUAAACAAAAGUUCAAUACGUGUGGCCACACCUAACAAUGCAUAAACACACAAGCACAGGGAUUCACAAGAGGUGACUUUAAGCACAAUCAUGUUUUGCUUAAAGGCAAAACAUACAAAGUCCACUCUGGAAAGCUAUUUCAAGAAGACAUUUUAUUUUCAAAGGGAGAGGGGAACAGCCAAGUCUUGUUAACUCAUAUCUACUCCUUGUAUCAAAGGAAAGUCAAUACUUUGCUGACAAUGGAAGCUGCAAUUUUUCCCCUAUUCCUUUGUUUGAGACAGAGUCUGGAACUGGCUAGGUAGACCAGGCUAGCUUCCAACUCACAGAGAUCUGCUUCCUGAGUGCUUGGAUUAAAGAUAUGCACUGUGGUGGUCAACCCCAGUUUGUUAUACAUCUGUGACCUUGUGGUUAUCAUGAUUAGUGACAUGGAAUAAACAUUUUCCUUCGUGCCUUC